AUGUCAGCCAAUGACCAAGUUCUCGGCAGUGUGGAUGACGGCGAGGCGCAAGAGCCAACUCCUACCCAGCCCCUGGACGACGCUGAGGAUGUGUCAAGCGAGGAAGGUGAUGUUGACGCCGUGGACGGCGAUGCUCAGGACAGUGAUGCAGCGGGCAGCGCUUCGGGGCGGGUCAAUGACCCAAACGUGCCACCAGCCAACGGCGUAUCCACACUCAACACCCUGCCGGUCGAGCUCCUUCGAUUCAUCACAGCGGACCUCGACCCUAUCGCCCAUCACAGCCUUAGGCUUUCCCGCAAAAGUCUCCGAGCACACGUGGAUGCUCCUCCCCUCAUGUCGUAUGGGGAAUACAUCCAGUUUCACAAGCAAUUCGAAGCCCACUCACCCCGCAAACUCAAAGAGCUUCUCUGUCCCUUCUGCAACACCUUCAAAAAAUCCACACCAUCAAAAACAACAUUCACAGAUGCCCAAGCCGUUCAGAACUAUAGCGGCAAACGUACCUGCAUCGAAUGCGGUAUUGCGAAUGGGCACUACGACAAGCGCGAUGUGGUGAUCAAGAAGAAGAAGCUUUUCGUAUGCGGAGGGUGCAAGCUUAUCUUACCGCAUGAGAAGGAGGACAAGGUUGUCGCGGAUGUGGUCUUCACGAAAGGUUAUCCAUACCAUGACAGCGGUUGGGGCAGAGGUGCUGAGAUCACCUUGGAUUCCGGAGGGAAGAGAUGGUGUAAGCUGUGUCGCGUCGUGGUUGGUCAGUUGGGAGACAGCGGCGCGGUAAAGGCUAUAGUGCGCCCAUUCUUGCUCUCUGAUAUCGGCGAAGGCAUCAAAGAAGUACAGAUCAUACAAUGGUUCGUCGAGCCAGGGGCACGCGUCGAGCAAUUUGACAAGAUCUGCGAGGUCCAGUCUGAUAAAGCUACUACAGAGAUAACAUCCAGGUUUGACGGAGUGAUCAAAAAGUUGCACUACGAAGCCGAGGAUGUCGCGCAGGUGGGCAAGCCACUCUGCGACAUCGACGUUCAAAGCGACAUCUCGCCCGAAGAUGAGGCCAUCUUGGCCCCUCCAGCUGAGCAAGCAGGAUCUCCGUCAGACCCACAGCAGCCGCAGAAAGCUCCAGAGCUGCGGCUUGAGACGCCCGUGGAAGCAAAAGACCAAGCUCCCGUGGAGAAAAGCGCAGCACUCGCCACACCUGCUGUUCGAGGUCUUCUUAAAGAACUAAACGUCAAUAUAGCAAAUGUCACAGGUACCGGCAAAGACGGACGCGUAACCAAAGAUGAUGUCCACAAGCUUGUAGCAGCUCAAAAAACAGGGACUACCCAAUCGAUCCAACCACAGAAUACGCGAGAAUCAUCUAAUCCAGAUCCAGCCCAAGUGGAAAAUCCGAUUUCGCUCACACCCGUCCAGACCCAAAUGUUCAAGACGAUGACAAGGUCUCUCAGCAUCCCCCAUUUCCUCUAUGCUGAUGAGAUUGAUGUGACUGCGCUGUCCACACUCCGUCAGCGCUUAAAUAACAAGCCAUCGAGUGCUCGAAGGCUUUCGUACCUGCAUUUUGUAAUCAAAGCGGUGUCUUUGGCUUUGGAGGAAUUCCCUCUCCUAAACGCUCGAGUUGAUACAGGAACUGGAGAGAAUACACCGAAGCUUGUGAUGCGCGAGAAGCAUAACAUUGGAGUGGCUAUGGACACUCCUCAAGGGCUCCUGGUACCGAACAUAAAGGAUGUUUCCGCGAGAUCGAUUUUGGACAUUGCGUUAGAAGUCUCCCGGCUCCAAGCGCUCGCGAAGCAUGGAAAACUCUCUGUCACCGAUCUGACAGGCGGUACCGUCACAGUGAGCAACGUUGGUAGCAUAGGCGGCACAUAUGUGGCUCCAGUCCUUGUCCAAAGCGAGGUUGCUAUCUUGGGCAUUGGAAAAGCCAGGAUAGUUCCAGCAUUCGACGACCAUGACCGUGUGGUCAAGAAAGAGAUUAUGAAUUUUAGCUGGAGCGCUGAUCAUCGCGUCGUGGACGGUGCAACAAUGGCAAGAAUGGCAGAGCGAGUCAGAGUCUUCGUCGAAGAACCAGCGCUGAUGAUGACGAGGCUCAGAUGA